GCGGCCAUGACCAUAGAGGACGCGGCGGCGAGAGCUCAAUCGAAGAGUUGGAUCAAAGCGACGGCGAACCGAUUCGUGAUAAAGUUCCAUGAAGCGCUAGCACAAGUGUCGGCCUUAUUGGAUCAAACCAACAUGCAGUCCGCGGACCAGUACGUGGCAGAGCUCAAGUUGUGGCGUGUGGAGGCGGCAGUUGUGAAAGCCAAGCACGUGUGCUUGAAUUGGAAGAGGAAGGAGGUGCGGCUCUUCAUCCCGAAGUCGAAGAUGGACCAGCAG